AUUUCCGCAUCUCUGGCUCUGUUUAGUACAGUUCCACACAGUCACACAGUCGAGUACACUUAUUUCUCAAAACAUAAAAUAUGUCUUAUAAACCAGUAACACAUGUGAUCUUCGAUAUGGACGGCUUGUUAUUAGAUACAGAGAAGUUGUACUCAGUCUCGUUCCAGGAAAUCUGUGACCGGUUCAAUAAAACAUACACCUGGGAAGUGAAGUCCUCUGUGAUGGGCGAGAAGGCUCUGAAUGCUGCCAGGAUAAUCAGAGAUAAACUUGAACUCCCCAUGACACCCGAGGAGCUUCUGGAGGAGACCAGGACAAUUCAGGAGCGAUUAUUCCCAACAGCUUCUCUGAUGCCAGGCGUAGAGAAGCUUGUCAAUCAUCUUCACAAGCACAACAUUGCUAUUGCUGUGGGCACGAGCUCAGCUGGCCUGACCUUUGAGAUGAAGACCAGCCGUCAUAAAGAGUUCUUCAGCCUCUUUAAUCACAUUGUACUUGGAGAUGAUCCAGAUGUAAAGAAUGGCAAGCCACAGCCUGAUAUCUUUUUGGUGUGUGCCAAGAGAUUCGGUCCCCCAGCUAACCCAGAACAGUGUCUAGUAUUUGAAGAUGCUCCAAAUGGAGUAAAGGCGGGCCUGGCAUCUGGAAUGCAGGUGGUGAUGAUCCCAGAUGAUAACCUGGACCGCAGCCUCACCAAGGAGGCCACCUUGGUUCUCAGAAGCAUGGAGGACUUCAUACCGGAACUUUUUGGUCUCCCAGCAUACCAAUAAGAACAGUAAUCACCAUGGUGAUUUCAAUUACACAAUAAGUUUUUGAAAAAAUGGAAGCAGGCUGAUCUAUAGCUCAUGCAAUAAAAAAAAAAGUAAAAUAAAAAAAAGGAGAAACCAAUAUCUACCACUCUAUCAGCUUUAGAUUUGCUGUUCAGGGACAGAACAGAAUUUUGGUUCUUGGCCUCAAUGGUUUCAUUUUGUUAGACAAUCUCAAUGCUGUAUUUCUUUUCUCUCAGACUGACCAUGCGAGUGACACCAAAACUAAUUUUGAUUAUUCUGCUCAAUUAACCUUAGUCAAACCAUUAAGCCAUAUUGACAUUUUGCGUUUCAACCAAUUAGAAAGUGUAAUGUUUAAUUUCUUUUUUAUAUAUAUAUAUUUUAUACAAAUCACAUUGGUGCUGUUUUCGUGAGUGUUUGUGCUUUUUGUAUGUCUGUCUGUGUGUAUAAAUCUCUAAUUAGGUGCAGCUUUCAAGUUCACAACCUUGUGGUCAUGGUUCAAAUUUACAGUAAGUGAUGGUUCAACAAUCCCAUUCGACCAGCCAUGAUUUCUAUUACCUUUCCCUCUUGGAGAGGUCUAUUAAAAUACCAAAGAGAUUUUUGAGUUUGAACCAUGUUUCGUAAUCCAAUAAAGGGUAUCCGAGAGCGCAGUUGCCUUUCAUCUUCUUCCCAUGUUCACCCUCAUAGAGCUGGAGUUAGCAGGUUCACUCUUUCCUCUUCAGUGCUGUCUAACAUCUCAGAGAGCUCAGGCCCAUCUCUCUGAGCCUUCCCCUCUGGUAAAGAGAUUUUUCCAGUAUCCACUUCCUCCUCGUAUAUUCUGAGUCCUUUCAUCCUUAAAGAUUGGAUAAUCUAGAAGGCUUUUCUUUCUUUAGGACUUUCCACUCCAAGAAAGCCUUUUACAUGUCAUUUCACACCUAAGGUUUAGGGUGUGAGUAACAGGGGAUGUUAGCAUGUGCACGCACGCUCAUUCCUGGGUGUAGUACAAAUACUUAAAUGCUUGUAUUGUGUAUAAUAAUUUGAUUGUGUUGAUGAUGAUUUUUGAAAAGAACAAAUGAAACCCAUGAAACACGAAUGAAGCAUGGCUUGUGGUGCCCAUCAUGUGAGAACACAUGUGUUUAACAUAUAUGUGUGUAUUAGACAGUGUAAUUUUAUUGUAAUGGAGCAUACUUGAACGAAGCACACUGUGUACAUCCUGAGACGAUUGUUUUUUUUUUUUUUUUUUUUUUUUUUUUUUUUUUAAUUCUGGCCUAACAUAAACAUGUUCAAAUUGAAUGUUGGCUUGUUUAUAUCAUUAAUCUCUUUUAUGUGUUAAUAACACAUGAGUCGUGUGCGUUGGUGUCUGACAUUCAACAAAUAAACAAGACCUGUAUAUGGUACUAUACAGGCAACUGAUACUACUGGUUGCUUCUGAAUUGCAGUCCGGUACUGGUUACAAAUUACAUGACUAAAAUUGCAAUCAGUAACGCAAUCUCUUGGAUUAUAUUUUUUAUGUAAUCUAAUGAAAAAAAUAUAUAUAUUAUUAUUUUUCGAUUACCUCUGACCUAACUCUUGUUUAUUUGAUGUCACAUACACUCACUGAGCACUUUAUUAUGAACACUACAGUCUUAAUAAAGUGGUCAAUGUGGAUUUUUGCCUGUCCACCUCAAAAUUUGACAUUUGGUGCAUUCUGAGAUGCUAUUUUGCUCACUACAAUUGCACAGAGUGGUUAUCUGAGUUACCGUAGCCUUUCUGACUGCUCGAACUAGUUUGCCCAUUCUCUGUGGACCUUUCUUAUCAACAAGGUGUUUCCAACCACAAAACUGCUGCUCACUGGAUGUUUUUUUUUUUUUUUUUUGGCACCAUUUGGAGUAAACUCUAGAGACUGUUGAGUGUGAAAAUCCCAGGAGAUUAGCAGUUACAGAAAUACUCAAACCAGCCCAUCUGGCAUCAACAAUCAUGCCACGGUCGAACAUUUGUUUCCCCAUUCUGAUGGUUGAUAUGAACAUUAACCAAAGCUCCAUGAUUUUAUGCAUUGCACUGCUGCCACACGAUUGGCUGAUUAGGUAAUCACAUGAAUAAGUAAGUGUAUAGGUGUUCCUAAUAAAGAGCUUGGCGAGUGUACAUUUGAGUAGGACAGUCUAUACCAUUUUGACAUAAUGUUGCUUAAAUGCAUUUAAGACAAAUUGCUUAAUGAAUCAAUAUAAUCUCUAUUUGUCUGUUACUGAGUUAAAUAAAAAAGGCACUUAAAGGGGUCA